UCAUAAACGAAAAGAUAGAAGUGUUUUAGAAAGCCAAGUACUUAUCAUCAGUUGUAAUCAUCUGUGACGCUUGUUUACAUUUGAGGAGUUUAACGUGAUAUACCUGGUGAAGAAGGCACUUACAAUGCAAAAGAAGCGAUCUGCAGUGUGGAGGCAUUUUGAGGAGGAAGGGGACAAUAAGGUGUCCUGCAGGACAUGUCACAAGCAGCUGACUAAACAUGGGAACACUUCAAUGAUGCUCCGACACCUUCGGGGGAAGCAUCCAGAGCUGAUGCAUUGUCUCCUUGGUGCUGAGGGGGCCUCUGUGGCAGAUGGGGUCCCAUGGCAGAUGGAGGAGCAGCAAGUAGAGGAAGUGGUGGAGUCUGUUCCUCCACUAGAUAGCUCAGUAAAGAAGAAAAGAUCAACAGUGUGGAAGCAUUUCCAGGAGGAAGGCACUGACAAAGUGAGCUGCAGAAUAUGCAACGAGAAAUUGGCCAAGCAUGGGAACACUUCGUCAAUGCUGCGUCAUCUCCGUGGCAAACAUCCCCAGCUCAAGUUGGGAGAGCUUCAGGGAGACAGUGCCAGGAAGAUGAAUCGUUUACAUCUGAGGGCAACCAACACUGAAACACGAUUCUUGGCCGUGUGUGAGCGCUUGUUGCGUCAUAAUCAACUGACUGACUGUACUCUCAUGGCUGAUGGUCAGUUCAUUCAAGCUCAUCGACUGGUCUUGGCUACAUGCAGUGAAGCUUUUGAGGAGAUGUUCAAGACUGUGACACAAGCCAACCCAGUAGUUGUUCUUCGGGAUAUUUCCAUACAAGAACUCCGUGGUCUGAUCAACUACAUGUACAAGGGGGAGACGCUCGUAAAAUCCAAUGAUCUUCCUGGACUCCUUAAAGCAGCAACUCAACUAAAGAUUAAAGGUCUGAGUCAGGUGGGGCUGGCUGACUCAUGGUUGGAAGAUCCGCGAGCCUCGGGGGGCAUCCAGCAACAGAUGGGCCCAACCAAGGCUGAUAUGACCUUUUAUGAGGAUGAUCAAGACAUGGAUGAUUUGGAUGAUGAUGAGGCUGACCAUCAUGUUGGACACUGUGUUCAAGGUCAAAGGAAGAAGUCUGGAUCUGCUUUGGAUUUGAUGGCCAUGUGUGAGGAAGUGGAGCUGGAAGAAGCACGUGCAGGUGGACUUAGCAUGUCUGGGGAUGACAGUAGACCCAUGAAGAGGGUGCAGAUUAAACUUGAACAUGGAACUGGUGUCACAGAUUCACAAGUCCAGACCUCCGUUGAAAUUCCUACUUCUAUGAACAGUCACCUUCACCAACAACAAGCUCAUCAGUCUACUGCCGAGUUCCUGACAACCCAGGAGGAGGUGGUUAUCCAUCAGGAGCCCAUUGAGAUGCACGAAGACCAUAGAUCUCACGGAACAAGAACGGAGGAUGGUGGCUUGAUCCUUCUUGGGCUGGCUGGAGGAGAGUCCCAAGGUCGUGUUUAUACCGCAGGAUCAUCUCAGUCAGUGGCCACUACUGCCUCAGAAUCCUUACGACCAACCGCUCCAAAACGCCUUCGAAAAUAUUCAAAGCAAGAUCUUAUUACUGCACUGAAUUUGAUCCGAGAUGGGCACCUUGGAAUUAAGCCAGCUGCCCGAGCCUUCAACAUUCCCGUGGCUACACUUUACACUGCUACCAAAAGGCAUGAUAUCUCCAGCCCCAUGCAGCAGGGAGCUAACAAGGAAGCUUGGAGGAGUAAAGGCUCUCUCCUUGUUAGCACUGAUGGUACACAUUUCCAGUGUCUGUCAACACGCUCACCCUCGCUGCCUGAGUCAACAGAAGCUGACAAUAUACCUCACUCGUAACGUGACACAAGCCAGUAGUCAUCACCCACAUUGCUAGUCAACAGCUUCACAUCAUCUUUAUACAAACAAGAUGUGAGAAUCAGUAGUCUUAUUUACUCUUAUAUAUAUAUUUGUUACAUUACUGUAUUCCUUUUUUAUGACUGUGAAUUGAUAAUGAAUUCAAAAGACAUUUGUUUAUAAUAUCAGAAUAGAAAUACAGUAUAUUUAGUUGUACAGUAAUAAGAAUAUGCAACACAUUAUUCAGAUAACAAGAGAUGGAAUGUCCUCCCCAUUCUCUCUCACUUUCCUUCCUUCUUGUGGUGAGUCUUUAGUGGUGUAAUAGUGUUGUGAGAAGACAGGGGGAGUGUGGUUGGGAAAACAUUUUGAUCUGUGUUCUGAUGUCAUGAAGUACUGUGAGGGGUUCAAGUGUAAGGUUUAACAGGUUCAGGUGUGGAUGAAUUUGAAUUUUUCUGAUAUAUAUAUACAGUGGUCCCUCGGUUAACUAGAACAAUCCGUUCUAGAAGGUUGCUCGUUAACCGAAAAACUCGUUAACCGAAACCAUUGUUUCAAUGGGUUUUUGGGUAAUUGGU